CGGCGAUGGCGGCCGCUAUGGUGACCGCGGCAGUGGCGGUCCCGGCGCCACCGAGCGGAGCGGAUGGCGCGUCGUCGGUGCACUGGUUCCGCAAAGGCUUGCGGCUCCACGACAACCCGGCGCUGCUGGCGGCCGUGCGCGGGGCUCGCUGCGUGCGCUGCGUUUAUAUCCUCGACCCGUGGUUCGCGGCCUCCUCAUCCGUGGGGAUCAACCGGUGGAGGUUCCUUCUGCAGUCUCUGGAAGAUCUGGACACAAGCCUAAGGAAACUGAACUCCCGCCUGUUUGUGGUCCGGGGACAGCCAGCUGAUGUGUUCCCAAGGCUGUUCAAGGAAUGGGGGGUGACCCGCUUGACCUUUGAAUAUGACUCGGAACCCUUUGGGAAAGAACGGGAUGCAGCCAUCAUGAAGAUGGCCAAGGAGGCUGGUGUGGAAGUGGUGACUGAGAACUCCCAUACCCUCUAUGACCUGGACAGGAUCAUUGAGCUGAAUGGGCAGAAGCCUCCCCUCACCUACAAGCGCUUUCAGGCCAUCAUCAGCCGCAUGGAGCUGCCCAAGAAGCCAGUGGGCUCGGUGACCAGCCAGCAGAUGGAGAGCUGCAGGGCUGAGAUCCAGGAAAAUCACGAUGACACCUAUGGCGUGCCCUCCCUGGAGGAGCUGGGGUUCCCCACGGAAGGACUUGGCCCCGCUGUCUGGCAAGGAGGAGAGACAGAAGCUCUGGCCCGCUUGGAUAAACACUUGGAACGGAAGGCCUGGGUUGCCAACUAUGAGAGACCCCGGAUGAAUGCCAAUUCCCUGCUGGCCAGCCCCACAGGCCUGAGCCCUUAUCUGCGCUUCGGCUGCCUCUCCUGCCGCCUCUUCUACUACCGCCUGUGGGACCUGUAUAAAAAGGUGAAGCGGAACAGCACACCUCCCCUGUCCCUGUUCGGGCAACUUCUGUGGCGAGAGUUCUUCUACACGGCAGCCACUAACAACCCCAGAUUUGACCGCAUGGAGGGGAACCCCAUCUGCAUCCAGAUCCCCUGGGACCGCAACCCUGAGGCCCUGGCCAAGUGGGCCGAGGGUAAAACAGGCUUCCCUUGGAUUGACGCCAUCAUGACCCAACUGAGGCAGGAGGGCUGGAUCCACCACCUGGCCAGGCACGCUGUGGCUUGCUUCCUCACCCGCGGGGACCUUUGGGUCAGCUGGGAGAGCGGGGUUCGGGUAUUUGAUGAGCUACUGCUGGACGCGGACUUCAGCGUGAACGCCGGCAGCUGGAUGUGGCUGUCCUGCAGUGCUUUCUUCCAACAGUUCUUCCACUGCUACUGCCCUGUGGGCUUCGGCCGCCGUACGGACCCCAGUGGGGACUACAUCAGGCGCUAUCUGCCUAGAUUGAAAGGCUUCCCCUCUCGAUACAUCUAUGAGCCCUGGAAUGCCCCAGAGUCGAUUCAGAAGGCAGCCAAGUGCAUCAUUGGUGUGGACUACCCACGGCCCAUCGUCAACCAUGCUGAAACCAGCCGGCUCAACAUCGAGCGAAUGAAGCAGAUCUAUCAGCAGCUCUCACGAUACCGGGGACUCUGUCUGCUGGCAUCUGUCCCUUCGUGUGUGGAAGACCUCAGCCACCCAGUGGCCGAGCCUAGCUCAAGCCAGGCUGGGAGCAUCAGCAGCACUGGCCCCAGACCACUUCCCAGCAGUCCAGCCUCCCCCAAACGCAAGCUGGAAGCAGCUGAGGAGCCGCCUGGUGAGGAACUCAGCAAACGGGCCAGGGUGGCGGAGUUGCCUGCCCCAGAGCUGCCAAGCAAGGACUCCUGAGCGUGAGUGGCAGCAGCUUAGAGUCCUCCUCAGGAAGGAAGCUGCAGAGUCCUAGCUCCGUGAGCAAAGCCUGGGUGCCCAAGCAGCCACCACAGCCACAGAGUGCAACCUACAGAGAAGCCGAUUGCUGACCAAGAGAGAGCAAGCGUGUGUGUGCGUGUGUGCAGAGGAAGGAGUGGUGUGCUGUGUGCGUGUGCAUGCAUCUGUUUACACUCUCAUGAUCCUGAGUGCUGCCUAGGCGGGGGGAGUACCUGGAGCACGCCUCCCAGUGGGCACUUCUUCCUAGCCUACAGACUUGAGCCCAGAAGUCAUGGCGCUAAUCUUCAGCCUAGAUCUGCCCUGAGAGCCCCCUUGUCCUAAUAGGACAUGGCAGUAGGACCUUAGCUGGGAUUCUGGCAUCCGCUCCCAUCCUCACAUCCCACUGAGGAGUCAGAGGACUAGAUUUGGGCUCUGUCCAAAGUGUGGGAUUCUAGAGGCAUCCACUGAAUCCCCAUUUUCUGACCCUGGGAAGCUGGUUUGCUGGAGUAGGCAGAUUUGUCCAGACUUAACCACAAUCCCUGUCAUCUUAUUCUAAAUCCCUGCCCCUGGUGCCACAGACUCUUCCAUGGACAUUUGUGAUAAGCACGAGGCUGUAGACAGAGCUGGGAAGGUUCCUCCAUCAUACAGCGUGUACCCAGGUACCUGUCAUGAGUGUGCCAGCACUACAGAGACACCCAAGACAGCACACCCACCUUUUCAGGCUUUGAACCUAGGGAGAGAAGCAGAAUCUCAGCUCUCACUGUUCCUUCCCCAGAAGCUUUGAGGUAGUCUCCAUCUAGCCAGGAGCUGCAAAGGGCAGGGUCAGAGUGGGUACGUCUGCCCGGAGUAGACCAGAUCCUGAUGGCUUAUGCCCCUCUGACUCCUCUGGCCACACUCCAAGGCACCACAGUGCCCCAACAUAGACAGCUGACACCAGUCAGGAAAGAGGGCCAGGCUUUGUUCUAUAGCCUUCCAUGGCCUGCCCUUUACUUCUCAGCACCCAAGCUGCUAUGUCAGCUAUCCAGUAGCCAAGGUCUCGGGCAGAGGAGUGGGCACUGCUAGGGGCAGUUGGCAGAAGAGAAUAUAUCCAGCACACCCUCCCUCCCGAAGCAGCAGUGGGAGGUCUGGUCAGGGAAGCAGAGCCUUGUAUUCCAGGAGGGCCUGUCCUCCCGCCUCUCCCUCCCACGUCCACAGGCCCAUGUGGAGAAAGCAAUCCUGAAAAGAAAGGACUGUGGUCAACCAGAGCAAGUCUUCCUUCCACCCCCGUGGCCUGCACUUGAGCCACUCUGUGUGUGUGUGUGUGUGUGUGUGUGCGUGCGUGCGUGCGUGCGUGCGUGCGUGCGUGCGUGUGUGUGUGUGUGUGUGUGUCUACGUCUACCCAUAAAGCUCAAAGGCUAAUUCCUGUUUAGAUUGUUCUCACGUAUAACAUUAAGCUGGCCUCUGGGCCUUUUCCUCUCUACCUCCCCUGUGACCUUUCCUAGCCUCAGAGCUGUUCACCCCCUGGCCCUCUUUGUCCUCUGUCCUCAGCCAGGACGAGGGGCCAGGCUCCUGUCUCCUACAACUGUCCAGCAUAUUGUCAGGGUUCUUCCUGAGAUGUCCCCAGGUUUUUUUCAGCAGAGACCUGCUUUUAGAGUCCAACUGUUGUGUUUGUCAUCUCACCUAGUAUGUCCCAAGGCCAUGUGGGAAACAAACACAGGUGAUGAGGUGGAUGCAGAGCGUUGUGGUAGGGUCUUCCCUCUGCCCUCAGCUCCCGCCAGGGAGGAGUGGGGGGGUCUUGCCAGGGGGAGAGGACUGCACAUGAAGGGUCAGCCUGCUGAGGGUCAGGGCUGAGGGCUACAUUCAGUUCUUACUGAGAAGUGCCUUCAACCCCUGGGAUGACUUUCCUGCCUGUUCAAUGAUGACACUCUUCCCUGACAAGCAAGUUGGCAAGGCCACCCCACCCUCCACUAUUGCUGGAGUGCUGGCCUGUUUCCAGGAUGGCUUCAGUGGAACAAAGCAGUCCUGUCCCAAAGCUAUGGGGCACAGUGUGCAGGGGCCAGGGGCUCCAGCAGCUUCAUGCCUCCCUUCUAGCCCAAGUGACUCUGGAGCUGCCACAGGACAGACAGUACCCCGAAUCCUGCUCCAAGGGCCAGCAUGGGGAAGAGAUGGUCGCAGAAAAAAAUGCACUUUAUAGGGUUUUUUUCUUCUAUUGCUGCAAAAGUGUUUUUCCCACAGUUUGUGAAUAUUCAUUUGUUUUAUAAAUGUCUG